CUAAGUGCAACGAAGACAUGUUUUCUUUUGAAAAUCAAACACUAGCUUUACCAACGUAGUAUCCUAGCCGAACUUAAAUGUCGUUCCUUGAUGUGAACUGCUAAAACGUCAACUUUUCAAAUGGCAGGCGAACGUACUGAAAGGAUACUAUCGGUUCAGUAGAUUAGGUUCCGUGAAGCGCAGAUGUUCGCGGCUACGUUUCAAGGUCGUUUAAGGUUGGUAUAGCAAUACAAGGGCAGUCGUUUUUUUUUUUUUGCUAGGAGCGCCUGUAGCGAGUUUUCAGCGCACCAAAUGUGCACGUGCUAAUAUGUCCCAUUUCAAUUUCGAAAUUUAACAGUUUGGAACACUAAUACUGUGUGGCCAUUUCGAACUUCUAAAUACUAAGAUUAUUCACACGCAAAUUUAUCCACGAAAAAUAAGUUUCGAAAGGGAGUUAUAUAUCUAGCAUUUUAAGAGUCCUGCUUAAUGAGAAAUGAGACUGUAACUGGCCUAGUAUUCUAGCUGGGUGGAGUGAUGACUGACGGACUGAGCGCUAGUGCGUCAUAUACGUUUGCCGGGGCAUUCGACUGUUCCUGUUCAUCCUCAUUCGUGAACAGCUGAUUGACUGGUUGUAUUAUUCUUGUCUUUUGUGGAGAUUCGCCUGAAUGUCGUACGCUGUAAACCAAGUCUUUGUAAAACUUUUAUGGGGAAUAUAAGUACACCGUCGCAAUACUUGGGUAUUACAUCUUAAAAUGGACGGUUCGAGGCAACAUCUCACUGAAUCGGAAUCAUCUUCUACGGAAUCGGACAGUCACCUGGAAUCUAUUAGAAUAAUGGACUUCGAGGACAGUCAAGAUUCAAUUUCUACAAACCAAUCAACAUCGAAUACAACAAUUGAUUCCCACAGGCAAAAUCCUGAACUGGAAAUUGAUAGUGAUGGAACAUAUUCCAUUGCAAGCAGUGGGAAUAUGGAUGAAGAAACUUUCUGUGGAGUAGGCAAGCAUAAGCCAAAACAUAAGUGGCAUGCGCUUAAAGCUUUUACUCAAAGGGGCCUUGGGAUUUCUAGUCAUAAGACCAUGGACACUGUGUUUAAUGCAAACUGCUAUGGAUCCCUACGGUUUGUCCAGCGUUUAGAACUAGCCUCAAAAAUGGAUUGUCAUAAUGGGUGUGUGAAUGCCCUUCACUUCAAUUCAAGUGGUUCAAGACUUGCAAGCGGAUCAGAUGAUCUUAGCAUCAUUAUUUGGGACUGGAGCCGAGCAGAACCGGUUCUGAAUUAUGACAGUGGACAUCGAGGAAACGUUUUCCAGGCAAAAUUUUUACCGUUAUGCGGCGACACACACAUCGUUUCUUGUGCUCGGGACGGACAUAUAAGACUUGCAGAAUUGUCACCCAGCGGAUCGUUUCAUUCCACUCGUAGGCUAGGAUUGCAUCGCGGUCCUGCCCAUAAAUUAGCCCUCCUUCCAGAUACCCCUCACGUAUUUUUAACGGCAGGAGAAGAUGGAGUCGUUUUUGAAGUUGAUGUCCGACAAAGCAAACCUAACAAGUUACUUACAGUAAAACAUAGCGAACGAAAAAUAGCACUCUACAGCAUAUCAAACCAUCCAAUUGAUACAAGCGAAUUCUGCGUUGGUGGCAGAGACCAAUUUGUUCGUGUUUAUGACAGACGUUACGUAUCCACGGAUGUUGAAUCGUCUCUGGUUAGCAAAUCAUGUCCUCGGCAUUUGCUCGAUUCUUCAGUUCGCGCACAUGUAACCAGCGCGGUUUACAACUUUAAUGGGUCCGAGCUCUUAGCUAGCUACAAUGAUGAAGAUAUAUAUUCAUUUUCGUCGAAGUCUGUUGAAGGAGCAGAUGCGCUUCAUCGUUACAGCGGACAUAGGAACAAUGCAACUGUUAAGGGAGUGAACUAUUAUGGGCCUAGGAGUGAAUUUGUCAUAUCAGGUUCAGAUUGUGGAAAUAUUUUCUUCUGGGACAGUUCUACAGAAGCGAUUGUCCAGUGUAUACCAGGCGAUGAAAAUGGAGUGGUCAAUUGCUUAGAGCCACACCCAAGUAUUCCCGUUCUAGCAACAAGCGGGUUGGAUGACGACGUGAAAAUUUGGACUCCAAAGUGUUUCGAUGAACCCCAGUUAUGGGAACUCAAAAAGACGGUCAAAACAAACCAACAAGAACGAGAAGAACGACGCCGUGAGCCAGACACUAUUUCGGGCGAACUUCUUUGGGUGCUGUGGCGUCACGUUCGUAGAACCGAGAGGAGAAGACGGCAGCAGCAACAACAACAACAGCCUCAGCAUCAACGUACGUCAAGUCAGGAAGGGAAUGAUGAAAAUGUAUCGUCCAGUAGUGAUGAAUCUGACGUGUCAGAAAGUGAUGAAGGUCCCCGAGGAGUUCAAUGUGCACCCUCAUGAAAUAAAGAAAAAGAAUCAUGCCUAAAUUGUUCUUCAAGUGGUAUCACAGAAAAAAGUUAUUUCUAUCAGAAGUAUCCGGCAAAUGAAAUCUUUGUUACAAUUUGAGUAUUUUACAAGAAAAAGGAAAGCGAGUGAGAAAGCAAGCCAUGUGUAAAACCUAUUUCCCUAAAACCGAUUCCCUGUUCUACGUACAUUAAAAUUCGUUGUUAUCGUAGGCGCCCCGAUUGAAAUAUAUCGAAGGAACCAAA